AUGGAUAUUGCAUACUGGAAUGUGUAUCAGUUUGACGGCACAUCUACUUCAUAUGAACUUGGUUGUUUGGUGAGAGCAUUACAGUGUGAAACACUUUCAUCUGAAAUGGCAGAUAGGUGUGAACAUACUUCUAUGUUCCCAGAUUUGCAUUGGUUGUAUCACUCUCCUAGAUCUCCUCACAUUCUUGGCAGCACCAUUGUAGCUCAAAAUUUAUUCAGAGAUCCCGCCCUGUUGGUACAUAGAUAUUCGUUACAACCAUCCCUAAACAUAUCUUCCUCUUCUGUGAUUACUCCAAAGAAGCAAGUACACCCAAGGGAACAAAAUCCUAGGUCGUAUGCCAUCCUGCAAGGAAUGUCUCAGGUUAUUUCAGCCUCAGUUGUGGCUCCUAUUGAACAGGUCUAUAGCCUGAUGCAAUGUCAGAAUGAGAUGCUAAAAUAUGGUCAUCUUUCGACUCCUUACAAAGGAAUGAUGGGUUGCUUUAGCAGAACAAUAAAAAAUGAAGGUGUCCUUUCUCUUUGGCGGGGUAACAGUAUGAAUGUGAUCACACCCUUGACAAUUGAGGUGAUUCUCCAAUUCUCACCAUCUAUUUUUUGCUGA